AAGUUCAUUUGUUCUCUUGAGAACAUUGCUUCCCAUCAUUUAGAACUGCUGUCUUUGUCUUCAAUAUGCCGGAACCAGCCAAGUCCGCUCCGGCCCCGAAAAAGGGCUCCAAGAAGGCGGUGACCAAGGCGCAGAAAAAGGACGGCAAGAAGCGCAAGCGCAGCCGCAAGGAGAGCUACUCCGUGUACGUGUACAAGGUGCUGAAGCAGGUCCACCCCGACACCGGCAUCUCGUCCAAGGCCAUGGGCAUCAUGAACUCCUUCGUGAACGACAUCUUCGAGCGCAUCGCGGGGGAGGCGUCGCGGCUGGCGCAUUACAACAAGCGCUCGACCAUCACCUCCAGGGAGAUCCAGACGGCCGUGCGCCUGCUGCUGCCCGGGGAGCUGGCCAAGCACGCCGUGUCCGAGGGCACCAAGGCCGUCACCAAGUACACCAGCUCCAAGUAAAUUUAUCAAGUACGUAAAAGCGCCAACGACCCAAAGGCUCUUUUAAGAGCCACCCACGUGGUCCUUUGAAGAUCUGUAACUCUAGAUUUA